CAGCGGCUCCUGUCAGCGGGUGAAAUGGCAGCGGCGAGCCGGCCGGGGCAGCGGUCCCGGGGGGCGGCUAAGGGAGCUGGGCCAGGGCUGCGGGGCUGGCAGCUGUGGGGCUAACGGGACGGCAAGGCUCGGCACGGCGAUGGCGGCGCGCUCGGCGCAGACAGAGCUGUGACCUGGCCCUGCUUGCAGUUGAUGAGCCUGCCCACCAUGGCAAGCCCCACUCUGAGCCCUGACUCCUCAUCCCAGGAGGCCCUGUCAGCCCCUACCUGCUCCCCCACCUCCGACUCUGAGAACCUCAGCCCCAAUGAGCUGGAGCUACUAGCCAAGCUGGAAGAGCAGAACCGGGAGUCAAAUUGAUGCUUAGCAGACAAGUACUCCUUGAAGCCCUUUAAAUCUGCUCUGGCUUUCCUCCUUUGACAUGCUCCUGGAAGCCGACUCCAAAUCAAUGCGCUCCAUGAAUGGCUCCCGGCGGAACAGCGGCUCCUCUCUCGUAUCCAGCUCCUCCGCCUCCUCUAACUUGAGCCACCUGGAGGAGGACACAUGGAUCCUAUGGGGCCGAAUCGCCAAUGAGUGGGAAGAGUGGCGGCGUAGGAAGGAAAAGCUGCUUAAGGAGCUUAUCCACAAGGGCAUCCCGCACCACUUCCGGGCCAUUGUGUGGCAGCUCCUGUGCAGUGCUACAAACAUGCCAGUCAAGAACCAGUACUCAGAGCUGCUCAAGAUGUCCUCGCCAUGCGAGAAGCUGAUCCGCAGGGACAUCGCCCGCACCUACCCAGAGCACGAGUUCUUCAAGGGCCAGGACAGCCUAGGCCAGGAGGUCCUCUUCAAUGUCAUGAAGGCAUACUCUCUGGUGGACCGGGAGGUGGGCUACUGCCAGGGCAGUGCCUUCAUCGUGGGCCUGCUCCUGAUGCAGAUGCCGGAGGAAGAGGCUUUCUGUGUGUUUGUGCGGCUGAUGCAGGAGUAUCGCCUUCGGGAGCUCUUCAAGCCCAGUAUGGCUGAGCUGGGGCUCUGCAUCUACCAGUUUGAGUACAUGCUGCAGGAGCAGCUCCCGGACCUGAACACUCACUUCCGCUCCCAGAGCUUCCACACGUCCAUGUACGCCUCGUCCUGGUUCCUCACUCUCUUCCUGACCACCUUCCCACUGCCUGUCGCCACUCGUGUCUUCGACAUUUUCAUGUAUGAGGGCCUGGAGAUCGUGUUCCGGGUAGGCCUCGCCCUGCUGCAGGUGAACCAGGUGGAGCUGAUGCAGCUGGACAUGGAGGGCAUGUCCCAGUACUUCCAAAAGGUGAUACCCCAUCAGUUCGACAGCUGCCCAGAUAAGCUGAUCCUCAAGGCUUACCAGGUCAAGUACAACCCUAAGAAGAUGAAGAGGCUCGAAAAGGAAUACGCAGCCAUGAAGAGUAAAGAGAUGGAGGAGCAGAUCGAAAUCAAAAGGCUUCGAACAGAGAACCGACUUCUGAAACAGCGGAUUGAGACUCUGGAGAAGGAGAGCGCUGCUCUGGCUGAUAGGUUAAUCCAGGGACAGGUGACACGGGCGCAGGAGGCUGAGGAAAAUUAUGUCAUCAAGCGGGAGCUGGCGGUGGUGCGGCAGCAGUGCAGCUCAGCAGCAGAAGACCUGCAGAAAGCGCAGAGCACCAUCCGGCAGCUGCAGGAGCAGCAGGGUAACCCUCGCCUCACCGAGGACUUUGUGGCCCACCUGGAGACUGAGCUGGAACAGUCAAGGCUGCGGGAGAUGGAGACACUAGGGGCCCUACGGGAGAUGCAGGACAAGGUUCUAGACAUGGAGAAGGAAGGGGAUGCAUGGCUACCAGCUGCCCUAGGCUCUGACCACUCCUGUCCCCCUCAGAGGAACAGUUCACUGCCUGAUGAGAACAAUGUGGCCCAGCUACAGGAGGAGCUAAAGGCACUCAAGGUGCGGGAGGGCCAGGCGGUGGCCUCUGCAAGGGAGCUGAAGCUGCAGCUGCAGGAGCUCUCGGACACCUGGCAGGCCCAUCUGUCCCGCGGGGGCCGCUGGAAGGAGUCCCCACGGAAGCUGGUCCUGGGCGAGCUGCAGGACGAACUGAUGAGCGUCCGUCUGCGCGAGGCCCAGGCUCUGGCCGAGGGCCGAGAGCUGCGGCAGCGCGUGGUGGAACUCGAGACGCAGGACCACAUCCACCGCAACCUUCUGAACCGCGUAGAGGCAGAACGCGCGGCGCUGCAAGAGAAGCUGCAGUAUUUGGCUGCGCAGAACAAGGGGCUGCAGACACAGCUGAGUGAAAGCCGCCGCAAGCAGGCAGAGGCCGAGUGCAAGAGCAAGGAGGAGGUGAUGGCGGUGCGCCUGCGAGAGGCGGACAGCAUGGCUGCGGUGGCUGAAAUGCGGCAACGCAUUGCAGAGCUGGAGAUCCAGAGGGAGGAGGGCCGCAUCCAGGGCCAGCUGAACCACUCAGACUCUUCGCAGUACAUCCGGGAGCUCAAGGACCAGAUAGAGGAGCUGAAGGCCGAGGUGCGACUACUGAAAGGCCCACCAUCCUUCGAGGACCCACUGGCCUUUGACGGGCUACAUCUGGCCCGGCACCUGGAUGAGGACUCACUGCCAUCGUCCGAUGAGGAGCUGCUGGGCAUGGGCGUGGGCGCAGCACUGCAGGAUACACUCUACCCGCUGUCCCCCCAAGACGCUCGCUUCCUCCGCAGUCUGGAGCGGCCAGCCAAGGACAGUGAAGGCAGCUCAGACAGCGAUGCGGAGGAGCUGGCCACACCCUAUAGUCAGGGCCUGGACAACUGAGGCCCUGCCCUUGAGCCUAGAGCUGGGGGUGGAAGAGGGCCUCCAGGGCCACACUUAAACUCCAAACCCACUCCAAGGGACACAGCAGGAUGCAGAGGGUAGAGCUGGAGCCUGAGGAUCCUCAGGGUACCUGUCAUACCCACCCUCCCCAGCACUGUUUAACCAUCUUGGUCAGUACCCCUCUAGGCCCAGUUGCCUGGAAAUCUGCCCCUCUUAACAGAAAGGGCACGAGAGGACACAGAGGUCCCAGGACUGGUAACAGAAAGCUCCCUCCUCCCACCAGGCCUGGGUAACAGGAGGGUAGCCCUGCUGGGAAGGGCCAACGAGCUGGAGGAGGCCUGAGGAAGAAGGGGCCACUCUGGGCUGGAUGUCAACACCUCACAAUGUUCCUGGGGAUCCCUGGCUUCCAGGGACAGAUGGCCAAGCUGGGCUUUCCUGCCUGAUGCAGGCCUCAUGGCCCAAGCAGAAACCAAAGUCCCCCUUACUGUGUACAGGGUCACCUGGGGUGUGCACAGCCAGCAGGAACCAGGCCAGGGCAGUGCCUGUCCCUGCUUCUUGGGAGCAGGGGGGCCAGAGCAGCUGCAAGGAUGUCAUGAGACCCAGGUCCCCAGUGCCCCUACAUCUUCCUCUGUGAAGCACCUCAUCACCCCAUCUUGACCAGUGAUGGAAGGGCUCCGCCACCCAGACUAGCCUCCUCUCCAGGGGCCCCCAGCCUCCACUUCCCUUCCUUCCCUGGGUUCCCCAGCCCCACCCUUUCGCCAGGGCCAAGCCCCAGGAGAGGAGGCUGCCCAGAGGAGUGGCAUCCCCAUGCCCCCUUCCUCGUGGUGGCCCUGUGGUCUCUGCAGUCAGAGCCACGAAUGGUGCCAAAGUCCAACAAUGCUCCCCCGGACCCCUUCCCUGUCAGGGCCUUUUGACUCUUGGGGCUCCUGGAGCCUGCAGCGGCCUCCUCAGCGCCUCCUGGAAUGGGGAUUCAUGCUCAGCCCCCCACCCCUUCCCACUUGCCCACUUCUCAGUGUUACAAAGCCUGGGGACCAGGGUGGGCAUCGCGGGGCUCUUCCAUGUGCCUCUCACACUGCCCACCACCAUUUUGCACACUGCCUGUUCACACUCCACAUGUCGCCCAGGUGGGGAUAGAAAAUAAAGUGUAUUUACACAGUCACAAACAA